AUGGAUCAAAUUGUGAACGUGAAUGAGUUUCAAGAGCUGGCGAAAAAAGCUCUCCCUAAGAUGUACUAUGAUUUCUAUAGCGGAGGAGCAGAGGAUCAACACACUCUCAAGGAAAAUGAGGAAGCUUUUCGUCGAAUCAUGUUUCGGCCUCGAGUUCUCGUUGAUGUGAGCAAAAUAGAUAUGUCUACCAAAAUAUUGGGUUAUCCGAUCUCAGCUCCGAUCAUGAUUGCUCCAACAGCAAAUCAUCAGUUGGCUCAUCCAGAAGGAGAAACCGCCACUGCAAAAGCUGCAGCUGCGAGUAACACUAUCAUGAUAGUAUCAUACAUGGCUUCAUGCACUAUUGAGGAGGUUGCUUCCAUUUGUAACGCUGUUCGGUUUCUUCAAAUAUAUGUGUACAAGAGGCGCGAAGUAACUGCGCAGAUGGUGAAAAGAGCUGAGAAAGCUGGAUUCAAGGCCAUUGUUCUAACUGUUGAUGUUCCUAGACUUGGUAGAAGAGAAGCAGAUAUAAAGAACAAAAUGAUAUCCCCAAAGCUUAGGAACUUUGAAGGUUUAUUUUCAACCGAAGUCCGACCUAGUGAAGGUUCAGGGGUUGAAGCCUUCGCCUCUCGUGCACUUGAUGCUUCGUUAAAUUGGAAGGACAUUGAAUGGUUAAGAUCUAUUACAAAGUUGCCAAUUCUGGUCAAAGGGAUACUCACCCGUGAAGACGCUCUUAAAGCUGUUGAAGCCGGUGUAGAGGGAAUAGUAGUAUCCAACCACGGGGCUCGCCAGCUCGACUAUUCCCCAGCCACGAUAACUGUUUUAGAAGAGAUUGUUCAUGUUGUUGGAGGGAGGAUUCCGGUUUUGUUUGAUGGAGGAGUGAGACGAGGAACCGAUGUUUUCAAAGCGCUGGCACUCGGAGCACAAGCUGUUCUUAUAGGAAGGCCUAUAGUCUUUGGGCUUGCAGCUAACGGUGAAGAUGGAGUGAGAAAAGUUAUUGACAUGUUAAAGAACGAGUUUGAGAUCACCAUGGCUCUUUCUGGUUGUCCCACCAUUAAUGACAUAACCAGAAGCCAUGUUAGGACUCCGGAUGAGAGACUUCAUUCGAUGCUCUGA